AUGCGGCCUUUGCUGCAGCGCAGCAGCCUCUCCCUUGCGCGGGGGCUCGCUCCCAGCGGGGUCCUGCUGCUGCUGCUGCUGCUGCAGCUGCUGCUCUGUGCUGCUGCAGACCACCCCAGCCCUCAGAAUCCAGCACGGCCAGUGCUGCUGCAUGCGCCGGGCGAACUUGCCUCGUUGUGGUCCUCUACGGAAAACGCCAAGGAAGGAGACAGCAGCUGCUUGUGGCGCAACGUGCGCCUGGGCAUUGGAAAGGCAUUUGCUGUUGUGCCUUUUGGGGUCCCUUCCCCCGCUGCCUGCCGCCGCCUCUGCCGCGCUGCUGCUCCCCGCUGCAGCUCUUUCUUAUACGUGACGAACAAGCUGCUGCCACAAGGCCUCCAGACGUCUUGCCAUUUGCUGCAGUCGCCGUCGCCAGCCCUGCCUAUCUCUGCUGAGCAGCGCCAGUGGCUGCUGCUCGUGGGGGGCCCAGUGGAGUGCAGCGCAGAGGCGCAGAGGCUCUCUCCCCCGCUGCUUCCUGAAGGCACUUGUGUCAGCAGCAGCGAAUGCGACAUAGCGGGCCUUUUCGGCGUUGGAGGCGGCAGGUUCGAUCCGUUCUGCGGCAGCAACAGCAGCAACAGCAGCAGCAGCAGCAGCAGCGACGGCAGUGACGGCGAAAGGAGCAGCAGUGAUCGCAGCAGCAGCAGAGAAGUGCUGCAGCAAGACACGCCAGCCAGUGAGGAAGACAGGCAAUUCUUCUGCUCUCGCCAGCUCAUGGGCCUUCCUUGCUGCACUCGCUGUGGGGAUUCGGAAUUCAAUCCAUGCCCAGAGGACGCGUGUGGCAGCUCUGGUGUAGAUUUCCCGGGUGGUGAAGUGGUGGGGUUUGUAGCUGGGGGAGUGCCUUCUGCUGCUGCUUGCCGGCGUUUGUGCCUUGCUGCUGCUGCUGCUGGCUGCACCCACUACUUUUAUUAUUCUUCUUACCUAUUGUCGGAGGCAAUUCGAGGCAGCUGCAGCUUGAGGCGCUACCCCCAGCUGACGCAGGAGCAGCUGCAGCAGCAGCUGCAGCAAAUAGCCAGAGAGCGGCAGCAACAGAGAGAGCUGAAGCAGCAAAAGAAAAGAAAAGAAAGGGAAAUGAGGCGACUCAAAAGAAAGCAGGAGAAGCAGCGGCAACUCGAGUUGCAGCAGCAGAAGCAGAAGCAAAAACAGCAGCAAAAUCAGCAGCAAAAUCAGCAGCAAAAUCAGCAGCAAGAGCAGAGGCAGAAGUCACAGCAGCAGCAGCGACAGCAGCGCAUGCAGGAAACGGAAACUUCACCUCAGCAACAGGACACCAAACGUCCUCAGCUGCAGCUCACAGAGCAGCAGCAGCAAGAGCUGCCAAUGCAGCAUGAGCAGGCGGCGUCUGAGGCCCAGGCUGCUGCUGCACAGACAGGCCAAGGGGCAGCCCAGCAGCAGCCGCAGCAAAAACUGCUGCAGCAGCGGAGGCUGUCGGAGCUGUCAGACACGGAGGAAGAUAUUCCAGAAAUGACGGACAGUGAAGAAGACAUGAAGGAGCGAUCGAAAGUUGCAGCAACAGCAACAACAAGAGGAACCGCAGCUGCAGCAGCAAAAGCAGAAGCAGCUCCAGAAGUUACCCAAGGCGAAGCAACAGAACCGGGAGAAGCAGCAGCAAAGAAUCCAACACUGAAGAAGAAGAAGACUGCGAAGCUUGACGCAGGGCUGUCAAAUGAAGCGGACGGCGCAGCAGCAGACAAAGCAGCAGAUGCAGCAGCAGCGGCACAGCAGCCGCAAAGGGAGUCCAGUGCCUCAGGUGCUACUGAAGAUGCGGCAGCUGCAAAGAAGGCAAACAAAGAAGAAGAAGACACAGAAGAAGAAGAGGAAGAGGAAGAGGAAGCAGACCCACCUCGUCUGCUGCCUGGGGCUCCCCAUGCCUUUCCUAUUUUCCAGCAGCAGCAGCACAACCAGCUGCAGCAGGAGCAGCAGCAGGAGCAGCAGCAGGAGCAGCAGCAGGGACAGCAGCAGCAGGCGCAGAUGCAGCACAGCCAGCAGCAGGAGCAGCAGGAGCACAGCCAGCAGCAGCAGCAGGACGCACUGGAGGCUGCGCAUCUGCGGGAGGCGGUGUUUGGCCCGGUGCUGUCUGAGUGGCACUUUGGCGCUGCUGCAUGCGCUGCAGCAGCGCGCCCCACAACAACAACAACCCCACCCCCCCCGCCCCCCCCAC